GUCAAACUCCCAAUAAUUGCGACUCCGAUCGUCUCUCGUGCAUCAGUGGAUGAUUAAGAUUUGCCUGGUGAUCCUUACCGCUGGCCGUCCUGUUCUUUUCGAGCUCCAACGACGUCCUCGUGAAAUCCUCAUGCCGUGCAAUCAUCUCAGGGCUUCGCAGUCUCAUCCGCCACAGGGCUCGGUUCGACGCUCUUAAGCCUUCGCCUUCGCUCCCGCCUUUGCCUCGAUGACCUCUGCGCGCUCGUUAUAGCAGGGCAUUACACUCAUAAUGCGUCUGUCGCUCGCUUCUUUCCUCGCGGCCUCGGGGACCUUGGUGCUGUGUGUCGAAGCCGCAGAUCCCACUCGUUCUUUGCAAUGGCAGCGUCGCGGACAGUGGUAUCGAAGAGAUGGAUCCGAUUCUAAUGCCACCCAGCCGUUGGCCGCACCGCUAUCCCCAGAUGCAGGAGCCUCCAGCUCCAGCAGCACAUCAACUCCCGCAUCCAUCUCGUCGGCCCCUCCCUUUCCACCACCGACGCCGUCUGGUUCGUCGUGGCCCGCUUCGCUGCGUACGGGCGCACCCGUCUCAGCGGGCAACAAUGUCUUAUCCAGUCCAGUAGCUGACCAGAAGUCCUCCUCAGCAAGUCCCAUGCCGCUCAACCUUCCGAACAAGAACCCCGUCGCGAGUAACACAUCAAACUCGAGCCUUGCAGCGGACGUUCAGCUUCCUUCUGGCAGCGGGUCUCCUAGCCCGUCAACGAAUGCAUCCUCAAUCGUCCUCGCGGACAACAGCACUGUGACUCCACCCUUCCCGCUGCUGAACUCGACGAAGUUGGGUUUCAACGCCACCGGAUCCGCGAACGGUUCCAGUUGUGGCGGAUGCGUGGUGAACGCCCAAGGCUUCGUCGACUGGUGGUUCCCAUCCAAUAUCUUCCUCGACAUUGCCUCUAUUUCAACGAUCACGUUGAAUGGAACAGCGUCCUACACUGCGGUUCCGUUGUCAACGUGGACGAACCUCAACGACCAGCUCACGCAAGAUACAUUCAUUUACACAGAGUACUUGGACCCAGUUGCGAGCACAACCGUGGAGGACUACAUCUUUACCACACUACCCCCUCCAAUCGCAGCAUCGACAUCGGUAACGACCAUCAGCGACGUCAAUCCGCUACCGAACGGCACCUUUGGUAGCUCUCAGCUCAACAUGAUCAACGCCGUUCCAAGUACCCCGUCCAUUGUGGUCGACCCUGCCAUUCCAACGCCCAUCUCCGCGACUCAGGUUGACAACAUCGCCUGGUACACGGCUUAUGAGGUUGAGUUUGAUCAGUCUACAACUGACGACUCUGGCGCUCCUGUUUGCCAGCGGUCAACCUCGACGUACACCCUGGACGAGCCUUACGCCUACACGCUUGAUCCAUCAAUCACGUUUGGUGACUCACUCGUGGCUACAGGCCCCGUCGAUCAGUCUUUCUUGAAUUACAUCCCGUAUGCGUCCUGCACGACGGGUUCAUGGACUGCUUCACCGACUGUGGUUGUAGUCGUCGAGGUUGCCGUCCAACGUGGUUUCAACGUCUUCCUCGUUCAUCACGAGGUUAGCGAUCCUGGAACCCUCGACACCCCGACUGUUACAAGUGAUGGUGGCGCUGCCGCCGCGACGAGUAACGGUGCCAGUGUGGUGUCUGCCGUUGCCACCGUAAAUGGCAAUACAGUCACCUUCCAGGCAACCGUCACUGGGAAUCCUGCUUCGGUGACACUUCCUGUGGGCGGCUCAUCUGUUGUUGCCAGCGUCGUCGGUGGUGGUUCUAGCAAUAAUAACAAUAACGGAGGCGGCAGCGGCGGCGGCGGUAUUGCCUCUGCCAUCAUAAGCGCUCUAGGUGGCGGGAACAGCAAUGGCGGAAAUAGCAAUUCUGGCUCGGGCUCGGGCUCGGUAAAUGGCGUCGGGUUUGCCAACUCGGCCUCCCCUUCAAGUGCUGGCUCCGGCGGCGUCCCCGUCAUCACGGUGGGUGGCCAAACCUUCGUCGGUAACCAGGCAACUGAAUUCAGCCUUGCCCCCGGCGCUACGCUCACACCUGGCGGCGUGGCCACAAUUGGAGCGAACACGGUGAGCCUAGCCUCGAAUGCGCAAUCGAUCGUUGUCAAUGGCGUCACUUCGCAACUCGUGCCGGGCUCCCCACCGGCACCAACAGCAAUCACUUUCCAAGGUCAGACAAUCACAGAAAACUCUCAGGGAGCCUUUGUGAUCUCGGGUUCUUCCUUGGUCGCAGGCGGGCAAGCAAUCACAGUCGGUUCGAAUACAGUUUCGCUGAAUGCCAAUGGUCAAACAUUGACCGUCAACGGUAUCGCAAUCACGGCUCCUGCUGCGUUGCCUACCGCUCCCACCAUCCAGAUCGACGGCACCACCUUCCAAGCCCAGGGUGGUGGUGAAUCCUUCGUGCUUGGCGGCCAAACACUCGUGCCAGGAGGUCAGGUCGUCUCUGCAGGUACGACGAUCUCGCUAGCUAGCGAUGGAAGCGUGGUAUUUGUGAAUGGCGUUGCGCAGCCAGUUGCGGCUAUUGUGGGAAAUCCAACCGUCGAUAUCGGGGGCACAAAAUACACCGAACUUCAGGGAGGAUACUUCGUGCUCCAGGGCACAACACUGCGACCGGGGCAGACUUCGGUCAUCGCGGGGACGACGAUCGCCUUCGGCUCAGAUGGUUCCUACGUCGUCGUGAAUGGAGCAACCUCAAAACUCAGUCUCAAUUCCGUCCCAGUACUUGUCAUUGGCGGCACUACGUAUGCUGCCACUUCAGGGAUUGGAUAUGUUAUCGGCGGCCAAACACUGCGCCCCGGAUCAGUCAUAACAGCGAAUGGCCAUACCAUCAGCCUGUCUCCAAAUGGACUGACGAUGGUUGUCGAUGGUUUAACGACAGUCUUGAAUACACCCAUCACCACAAACCCACCCUUGAUCGUCUUCAACGGCAAGACGUACACGGCGAACUCGGGGACAACCUACAACAUUGAUGGCCACAUUUUGACCCCGGGAGGAUGCAUACAGGACUCGGGACACACGAUAUGCCUUGCCCCUCAUGCCACAGCCGUGACCAUCGAUGGAAAGGUUACCAAGCUAUUUCCGGCUGCCACAUUGCCCGCACAAGCCAGCGCGGUUACUACAUCAAGUUCAAAAUUUGUACUUCCUACCUCGAACAGUCCUUCGACUGCUACUGCGACGAAGAAGGGCGCGGCUACAUCGAUACCCAACCGUCUCGGUCUUGCAAUCUUUGCAACAUUGGUUUCAUUUUUUGGUGCACUGUGUGCUUGGAUGUAAUAAUUUAUCAACUGUGCUGGAUUAGGCUAACAGGUUACGACUCUGAUGACACAUGGAGGACACAAAGUGCGAAUGGAAAGGUUUGUAAUUUUUUUUUUAAUAUAGGACUCCGGGCAUGGAAUAUACCGGCAAUUUGUUCGACGGCGAUCUUGCAUUGCAAAAAUCACAAAGCGACGGAGUUAUACAAAGGGAAUUUGGCUUUUUAUAUUUAGACAGCUUGGUCUUGCUUUUGAAAAGACAUUGGGAAAAAAUAUUAAGGGUACUUGGGCAGGAAAUGACAUUGUAGGAUACAUCUCAUGGGUUACGACAAGAGAGCUUGUUCUAGCAAAGCCGUGGAGGGAUCAAUGGAUAGCUCUGAUCUGGUUCAUGGACAUGGAUUUUCUACGAAGGGAUUACAGCGUUCUUAGCAAGGAGGUAAUAAUAUCGAAAAAUGAUGCGAC